AGCUUGAUGUGUUUGGCGAGUAGUGUGAUGGAGGAGGCAGCUGCUGUGGCUGCAAUUGCGCCACGACCCAACAUGCCUACUGUCUGAUUCCACCUCAUAUUUGAGUCAACCUCCAGGGCCCACAAGUGCAGUGUCGACCGUGCAUACCUCGACUUCCUUCUCAUUCCCACGUAGGACAUGUUUUGUCCUAUGUUAUGUCCUACGAAAGAUUCUUCCCCAGAUCGACCACCGACGGUCCGGAAUGCCGGUACUACAAAUGCGAACCACAGUUCGACGAACCGGAACCAAUCGCCAAUUCGAUCAGCUACGAGGCCAGAGGGCCCAGGUGCCGUGCUCUACGUCUCUUUCACGUGCAAGAGCUCGUCGAAAGCUGCGCGGACGACUAAGCUAGCUUCUUUGGUCAUAGAUGACAGGAUGCAGGUGUUCAGACCGCCCGAUGGCGGAGCAAAGAAGGGUCAAUCAGUUUCCCGGCCGCUCGAGGGCGCCGCUGUCUCGCGUUAUAUCACGGCUUGCCUGGCUCUCAAUGGCAGUGAAUUUCUCGCAGACCAGGAGGCUCGCUGUCCUGAUCACUAUGACGAGCGGCGUCAAUCGCCCUCUCCGUGGCCGUACCAAUACUGCGGGAAAUUGCUGAAAGCUCGAACCCAAGCUUGUUCGGAUGAGUAGAUUCAGGCGUUCUGUCCUCUACCCUUGCCUACCCGACUUGUGCCGCACUUACUUCGCACGCACCUCACGUGGGUAAAGCCAUAUUCCAGCCGUUAUCUUGUCGCCAAGUCAAGGCCAGCCAUUAUGCGAGGCGCACGCAUGUGCAAUCCGUGGAGUCG